AAGGAUUUGUCUGUAUCUUUCUGGAAUUCCUAUUGGAUGCUGCCCUCUGAUGUUUGUGGAAUGAACUGCUUUUGGGAAGCUGCUUUUAGAUACGAUUAUAUGAAAACACAUCCUUCUGAGAAAAUGCAUCUAGCAGUGGUUGCCUGUGGUGAAAGACUGGAGGAGACUGUUACUAUGUUGAGAUCAGCCAUUAUUUUCAGCAUCAAACCCCUUCAGUUUCAUAUUUUUGCUGAGGACCAAUUGCAUGAGAGUUUCAAAGACAUACUUGAUGACUUCCCCUAUGAAGGAAAAGUUAAUUACACAUUAUAUCCAAUAACAUUUCCAACUGAAAGUGCAGCAGAAUGGAAGAAAUUGUUUAAACCAUGUGCUUCACAAAGGCUGUUCUUGCCAUUAAUCCUCAAAAAUGUGGAUUCACUACUAUAUGUUGAUACUGACAUUCUGUUUUUGAGACCUGUUGAUGAUAUUUGGUCCUUUCUGGGAAAGUUCAACUCCACACAAAUUGCUGCAAUGGCACCGGAACACGAAGAGCCUCGUAUCGGGUGGUAUAAUCGCUUUGCUAGACAUCCCUAUUAUGGAGUAACUGGAAUAAAUUCUGGAGUCAUGUUAAUGAAUAUGACACGUAUCAGAAGAAAGUAUUUCAAGAAUGAUAUGACACCAGUCCGGCUACAGUGGGGAGAAAUUCUUAUGCCAUUGCUGAAGAAGUACAAGUUGAACAUAACAUGGGGUGAUCAGGAUCUAUUGAACAUUAUGUUUUUUCACAAUCCAGAAAGUCUUUAUGUCUUUCCUUGCCAAUGGAAUUAUCGGCCUGACCACUGCAUCUAUGGAAGCAAUUGUAAGGAAGCUGAAGAAGAAGGUAUAUUUAUUCUUCAUGGAAACAGAGGUGUUUACCAUGAUGAUAAACAACCGACUUUUAGGGCUGUCUAUGAAGCAAUAAAAAAUUAUUCAUUUGGAGAUGAUCUGGUUCAUUCCCUGUUGCAGCCCCUAGAACUGGAAUUGAGGAAAACCAUGCAUACAUACUGUGGAAAAGUAUACAAAGUGUUCAUAAAGCAGCUAACAAAAAGCAUAAGAGACUUGUAUGCCAGAAGAUCAAAGGGAAGGUGAUUUUUCUCCAAGCUGUUAAAUCAAGAGACUGAAUCAACAUAUUGGUCAAAAGAUGCAAAAAUUCUAAUAUGGAGCUAAUCAGCUCUUACUGUGCCCAGAUAAAAGUUUACUAGUAUACAUAAAAAUGAAGAAAAUAUUCAUGUAAUGAAGAACAGGAACUUUUUUCUGCAAAGGUGACCUUUUGCUCUUUUGAAGUUUAAUCACUGCUAAUGCUUCUCUUGGAUCCGAUGAUUUGGGUGUUACUGGCUUCUAUGGUCAGUAGUUUUAGUCUGCAUAAUUCAGUUAUCUAAUGAUCAAAUGAACAAGGAAGAAAUGAAGAUGGCUCUAUUUGGGAGCGUACCUCAUAUAUUGUCUA